CAUGUUUGUGCAGUGACUCGAGAAAUGACUGUAUAUAAUCAUCCUGGGAAUCCCAGCUUUGACAUAACAUUUUCCCAACAAUUCACCACUAUCAAUCCUCUACGCAACAAGUGCGGGCCAUAUCUUUGUCACAGUUCCCAUCUUCUCGUCCUACUGAAAUCAGUCCAAUCUACCCAUUCUCAAUCAUUUCCACCAAACAAGCGAAAACAGAAUGAAGCUGUCUCUAGCCAUCCUCUCCACCGCCCUUCUCGCCCUCGCUGCCAAUGUCGGCGCAUCGGCCAUCCCGAUUGAGGAGUCGCAAUUAGCCGCCCGCGCCAAAGUCAACCCUAGCCAGCUCAACAACCUCGCCAAGGUGGUUUCCCAAUCCCGGUCGUCCAUCCAGUCUCAGGCGAACCAGGUGGACUCCCAUUCAAGGAGCGUGCUCAGUAGCUGGACCGGUUCGGCAGCGAAGGCUUAUCAGAAGCAGUUGUCUCAGUUCGACGCCGAUGCCAAACACCUGGCUGCAGAGAUGAACAACAUGGCUCAGAAGCUGAAAGCUGCGGCGAAGGCAGCUAGUGGAUAGACGAGAGUCAUGUAUUAAACACCCAGGUAUUUAGAAAUACAUACUCAGCUUAGCCCACACCGGCGGU